AGUUCCCUCCUUGUUUCUUGCAGGUUUACCAUGUCUCUACUGACAGCUACGAGACGCAAAACCAGCACUACGGGAGGAGUUUGACAAAGGAAACCGUAAAGGACGGCAUCUCAAAGUUUUUCCACAACGGGUACUGCCUGAGAAAAGACGCGAUAGCCGCCAGCAUUCAGAGGAUCGAAAAGAUUUUGGAGUGGUUUGAGGGCCAGAAGCAGCUCAACUUCUAUGCGAGCUCGUUACUGUUUGUUUAUGAAGGUUCCUGUCAGGCAACAGCUGUGCGGCUGAGCGCUGUCACCUUGGCAGAGAAGAGAGGAGUGCCCCGGGGACUGUUAGCGGGUGGAGACAUACUGGAGUAUAAUAAUAACAUCCAUGUCAUAAAUUCUACGGAGAAUGGAAAAAUUGAGGCCUCUGUCAGUAAAGGCUUGUCCAAAUUUUAUGCACUUCACAAAAAGGCGUACUCCAAGAGGCACCACAGCCAGCUCUCGCUGAAAGUUGAAAACCUGGAGCAAGGCAACGUGUGGAAGAGCAGCGCGUGCAUUACGCAGGAGCAUCUGAACGGGAACGUUCUACCCCAACUGGAAAAAGUGUUCUGUCACGUGCCAGCAGAGAUCAAGGAAAGUGCAAGCGUGGAAGUCCGGAUGAUAGAUUUUGCUCACGUGUUCCCUAGCAACACAAAGGAUGAGGGCUACAUUUAUGGUCUGAAGAAUUUAAUCACAGUACUUCAAAAUAUUUUGGAUAACUAAAUUCUUUGCUAUGGUUUUUAUGGGGGGCCAAUGAUAAGGAAGA